AUGUCUCCUGUUAUCCCUUGGUCCUGGCAGGAUUUCCUGAACACAAUUCCCAAGCAGAUUUCAUCCACAUUUUCCAGUGACCAACUAUGUGAAUCUGCCGCCCUCUUCAGUCCUGAGCUUGUCAGCCUCCAACAUGACAUACCUAGCCAUGUACAAUUCUGGGAUAUUUCAAUUUCCCUUGCAGACCUUGCUACCAUUGAUCAGAUGAUGAAAAGCAAGAUUUUAUGGGAUUUAUAUGAACACAACUUCUGGUUUGAGUUGGUUGCUCUUGACUGUGCAAUGAUGCCUAGCUUGUGGUCAAAUCAGGAUUCAGAGCAGCUUGAUCAUGUCUGGCAGAUUUUCCCUGGUGACUCAGAACUCACCAUGUGUGCUGAGCCUUUCCCUCAGCAAAAUCAAGGCCUCAGCUUGUCCAACUUUCAAUCGAAAUGGGAGUACAUAGAGAAGCUCCAGGCAUUACUUGCUGUAUGGCCAGGAUGCCCCUUGGACUUGGUGGAGCCAAUUAUGCCAUUAGCAUCAUUGUCAUGUGUCUGGGCAAUGGAAAAGAAGUUGGCUAUAUUUUAUGUACAGUCAUUCUUUGAUACUUUUGGUCCUCUGCCCCUUCUUCCCUGCCUUAUUCCAACUGCACCAUGUGGUUACAGUUCAAAUAGUCAGUAA